AUGAGCCGCGCGGUGCUGGCCUGGCUGGUGCUCUGCGGGAGCCUGGCGGCGCCGCGCCUCGCCCGAGGGGACGUGUGUGACUCGAACCCGUGCAAAAAUGGUGGCAUCUGCCUGUCGGGGCUGAAUGAUGACUUCUACUCAUGCGAGUGUCCUGAAGGCUUCACAGACCCCAAUUGCUCUAGUGUUGUGGAGGUUGCAUCAGUUGAAGAGGAACCAACUUCAACAGGACCCUGCCUUCCUAAUCCAUGUCAUAAUGGUGGGAUAUGUGAAAUUAGUGAAGCAUACCGAGGCGACACAUUCAUAGGAUACGUUUGUAAAUGUCCAGAGGGAUUUAAUGGGAUUCACUGCCAGCACAAUGUAAAUGAAUGUGAAGCGGAACCCUGCAAGAAUGGAGGAAUCUGUACAGACCUUGUUGCCAAUUAUUCCUGUGAAUGUCCAGGCGAAUUUAUGGGAAGAAACUGCCAACAGAGAUGCUCUGGCCCACUAGGUAUAGAAGGAGGAAUUGUGUCAAACCAACAAAUUACUGCGUCAUCCACUCAUCGAGCUCUUUUUGGACUCCAGAAAUGGUAUCCAUACUAUGCACGACUUAAUAAGAAGGGUCUUGUGAAUGCUUGGACUGCUGCAGAAAAUGACAGAUGGCCAUGGAUUCAGAUAAACCUGCAGAAGAAGAUGCGAGUCACUGGAGUUAUAACUCAAGGUGCCAAGAGGAUUGGAAGUCCAGAAUAUGUAAAAUCUUACAAAAUUGCAUACAGUAAUGAUGGGAAGUCAUGGGCAAUGUACAAAGUAAAAGGCACAAAAGAAGAUAUGGUGUUUCGUGGAAACGUGGACAACAACACCCCGUACGCGAACUCCUUCACCCCUCCAAUUAAGUCGCAGUACAUACGGCUGUAUCCUCAGGUGUGCAGAAGACACUGCACGUUGAGAAUGGAACUUCUUGGCUGUGAACUGUCAGGUUGCUCUGAACCCCUGGGAAUGAAAUCGGGACAUAUACAGGACUACCAAAUUACUGCUUCCAGUGUUUUCCGAACACUCAACAUGGACAUGUUUGCUUGGGAGCCCAGGAAAGCCCGGUUGGACAAGCAAGGCAAAGUUAAUGCCUGGACCUCUGGCCACAAUGAUCAGUCACAGUGGUUGCAGGUUGACCUGCUUGUCCCUACAAAAAUCACUGGCAUAAUUACCCAAGGAGCUAAAGAUUUUGGUCACGUCCAAUUUGUGGGGUCCUACAAGCUUGCUUACAGUAAUGAUGGGGAGCACUGGAUCAUAUACCAAGAUGAAAAACAAAAGAAGGAUAAGGUGUUCCAGGGAAAUUUUGACAAUGACACGCACCGUAAGAACGUCAUCGAUCCUCCGAUCUACGCCCGGCACAUCCGCAUCCUCCCGUGGUCAUGGUACGGCAGGAUCACCCUGCGGUCGGAGCUGCUGGGCUGCACAGCGGAGGACUGA